AUGGAUCUGGCCAUGGAUCCCACCACGACAACCAGGCCGUGGCAGGGAGAAAAAGGCAUCUGGGUGGACCUUCAUACCGAAUGUAUGCGGCACUAUCGCUCGAUUUUGCGCCAUCUUCGUACCUCAGCAAGUUUCUCUCAAUCCGAGUAUCGCGGAUUCGAAAGGAAUUAUGGAAGUCUGGUCCUCUGGGCCCAGGGACUGAGCACCCUGAAUGGAGGAAAGAGCGACCCUUCGGUCAUGGCUCUCAAGCUGCUGGUCAGCAUUAGCAAGACCCUGGUUGGAAGACUUGCACCUCGAGCGUUGAAGAUUCUCACCAAGCGUGGAGUAGCACUAUCACACCAGCCCUUGAUCGCCUCGAUCCAAAGAUCGGAACAUGUUAUCCAGGGUAUCUUGGGACCCUCGGCGAGCGAUGAGGAUGAUCCCCCGGAUGAUGAAGACUCCCUAGAUGAAAUAAUAGCAGACCUCAACACCGAUGUCGACUGCCUGCUUGACCUUGAUUUACUCGAUGAAUCUCCUGCAGAUGAGUUGCGUUCGAAUUACGUGAGUGGUCAGAGGGGGGCCUACAUCCAAGAUACCAUUGCCUGCAUUGAGCAGAUGUUCCCCAACGCUGACCCCGAACUGGUUCGAUACCUCAGUCAAUGUGACCUGAAACGCUGCAUGAGGGUUCAGGCAGAGCGCGAGAAGAACCUGCGUCUCUCAAAUUUAGUCCAGUCAGGCCAUGAGGUAGUGAUUGGAGAAAAGCGAUAUCGUAUGCGGCCAGAGACCCUUUCAGAAAAUAUCCCCAGGUCUUCUUUAGAUGACUAUAGCAGUGACAAGCUCCUUGAAAUGCUUCUUUUGCCGGAAGAUGGACGAGAGGGCCGGCUAUUCCAGUGCAUGGUGUGUACGGUGCAAGUGGUCAUCAAGGAACAAGUGCCGUGGAAGUAA